UCCGCUUGUAGGCCGCUGCUCUUGAUAACAGCGCGCGGAGGAGCCAAACAAAACAAAAUCGGCGAAACUUGUGAAGGAUCGAUUCAGCAGUGGCGAGGUCGCCGUGCGGUCAUGCCGGGGUUCACGUGCUGCGUGCCGGGAUGCUACAACAAUUCCCACCGGGACCGCGAGCUGCGCUUCUACACCUUCCCGAAGGAUCCCACUCAGCGGGAGAUCUGGCUGAAGAACAUCUCGCGGGCCGGGGUGAGCGGCUGCUUCAGUACUUUCCAGCCCACGACGGGCCACCGGGUCUGCAGCGUCCACUUCCCCGGCGGCAGGAAGACCUACACGAUACGGGUGCCGACCCUGUUCCCGCUCCGCGGGGUGAACGAGCGGAGGAGCCGGCGGGGCAGGAACAGAAAGGUGCCCGUGCCCAUCAUCACCAGCGUCGUGUCGAUCGGCAGCGAGGUGGCGCCGAUCGAGGGCGAGGGCAACACGGACGCGACCGUGGUGCAGAUAGGGCAGAACGGCCAGUACAUCACCCCCGUGGACCUCACCCCCGCCGCGGAUGACGCCGCGUGCCCCGUGGUGGUCUCCCCCCCGGAGGACUUCGCCGGGUCCGGUCCGAUUAGCCCCAUGCAGGCCGUUGGCGGCCAGUGCAGCGGGCUGAGCGGAGAGGACCACUCGUACUCGCUGACCAACGGAACGACCUCCGCCGAGCUGCUCAGGAAGCUCAACGAGCAGCGAGACAUUAUCGCGCUGAUGGAGGUGAAGAUGAAGGAGAUGAAGAGCACCAUCCGCCAGCUGCGCGUCUCCGAGGCGCGCCUGCGGGAGGACCUACGCGAGAGGGACCGCAUGCUGUCCGCUGCCGUUUCGGUGAGGAAGAAAGUCUGACGGGCGACCGGGAUUCACUUCACGACGAGCCGAAGAGCGAGAAGACCGUUUCCAGCGCUCCCGCGCGUCGCGGCAGCGGACUGGCGCUGUAGGUCCUCCGCUCCACCAGGUUCUCGUCUUUACGCUACUUCUACCGUUAGUCGUUAGGCGCCGUGUGGUGCAGGGUGCCGCAGUAAGAGUAGGUCACCUGUGCGCGCGCGCGCGCGCGCGUGUGUGUAUGUGUGUGUGUGUUUAGGACCGUCACUCAGCUCGGACUGACCCGUCCAGUGGACCGUUUCCCCUUUUUAACCCCUUGUACUCUUCUUCUUCAGUCUGUGAUGAAGCUUCCCGAGAUGCCGCCGCAUAUGAACAAACGCAGGCUUCACUCACACAAACUGUUCUCGAGCGAACGCAUUACGCCACAAGCUUUGUUCCUCGCUUUAUUAUUUUUUUUGAUACGAGUGAUCAGAGGAUUUGUUAUGGAUGGAUUGAUGGAUCCUCACCUGUUUGUAAAGGAGAAAUGAGGGCUUGAAGUAAAAAAAACUGAAAAAGA